UGGCCUAACAUUUCAGCAGGUUUAAUUUGGAAGGCUUAGUGGAUCUUUAUAUUUGCAGCAUGCUUGAUUUGAAGAAAGGCUGGAGCAUCUCCUUUGCAGGCUGCGGUUUUAUGGGAAUUUAUUAUGUUGGUGUUACCAGCUGUAUACUUGAACGGUUCCCGCGCUUCAUACAAGACGCGUCUAAAAUCUAUGGAUCUUCUGCGGGCUCUCUGGUGGCUGCCAUCCUUACAUUAGGAAUCCCCAUAGACAAAUGCUGUGGGGAUUUAAUGCACAUGGCCAAAGAGGCCAGGAAGCACAGACUGGGGCCUCUGCAUCCAGCUUAUGACCUGCUACAGUUAGUACAGGAGUCUCUGCUGAAGAAAAUUCCACAGGAUGCCCAUGUUCGAGCAUCUGGGAAGCUCUGCGUGUCCCUGACCAGAGUGUCUGAUGGGAGGAACUUACUGGUCUCGCAGUUUGACAGCAGAGAUGAGCUAAUUCAGGCCCUUAUAUGCAGCUGCUUCGUUCCUCUCUACUGUGGAGUUAUUCCACCCACUUACCGUGGAGUGCACUAUGUAGACGGUGCUGUUAGUGACAACCUUCCUCGCUGUAACCUGGGAAAGACAAUCACAAUCAGUCCAUAUGCAGGUGAGAGUGACCUCUGUCCUAGAGUAAGCAUGCUGAGCUUCCAUCAAGUGCGCUUCAACAAUGUCAGCAUCCAAGUCAACUCAGAGAACUUGUACAGAGUGACCAGCACGUUCUUUCCCCCAGAUGCUGAGGCAAUGGCUGAAAUCUGCCAAAAUGGCUACAUGGAUGCUCUUCGCUUCCUGCAAGAAAACAAACUGAUCAGCACUGAGAGCCCAAUGAGGAGUUUGGAGACCGAUGCAACAGAGCAUGCUUGUUGUGAUCAGGUGAAGGAGUCAUCUGAAACUGAAAAGUCUGGUGAGAGCACAAAGCAAUGUGGACUAAAGAAGCCACAGAGAGAUCACUGGUGGUUGGAUCCAAAGCUCAUAGAAAACCUUCCAGUUAACAUUCAGAGGGUUUUAUGUCAGGCCUGUAAAGAAACACACAGUCCUGGUGGUUUGUUGGGCCAGUUGACUGACUACCUGCCAAAGAAAAUGACAUCUUAUCUGCCUUUUGAGUCUGCCCGCUCAUUAGCUCAGAGAUUAAAGAGCUGGAUUCCAGAGGUACCAAGGGACAUUAGCUGGCUCUUUUGGACAACUGGAGACAAACAAGCUUUGAAGGACAAGAUGGAGAGAAGUAUUAGCCAACCACCUCUGCGCCGAUGCAUAAGCCUGCCAUCAGAUCUGAACCUGUGGGAUCAAAGGAAAGAAAACAUGACCCUUUUCUUAGCGAGCCCAGAGGCCAAUCUUUCCUCUGACCAUACCUUUAACUGGAACACUCACAGUGCAUCAGACCACACUUCCAACAUCAACACCACCUCUGGAGUUGAUAAAGCCACCAUGAAGUCAGCUCCAAGCGCAGCUAGAAGCUGGGGUUUAGGCAGGGCUGUGGGGUGGCUCCAAAGCUUUGGAUCCAAGCAAAACUCAGGAGAUUCAGUGACCUUUGAUGCACUCAAGUAAAUUAAUUUAGUUUGGCAUCCAGAUGAAAAAACAAAUGAUGAUUAAUGAUGUAAAUGUCUGGCUGUUUUUGGUGUUACUGUCAAAGAUUACAUUUAAACAAAAGAAAAAAAACUAUUAAAUAAACAACUUGUAUUGUUCCUUUUUUACUCUCACAUUUUCCUGUUAGUAUUUUCUGGAAGUUUAUGUUCAUUAAAACGGAAUUGGUGUAUACUUCUUAAUUUGACUCUUUCUCUCAGUUUUGUGGAGUACUUUUGUCCUUUACAGUACUUUACAGUACUUUAGGAGGACUGUAAAUUGAAAAUUUGAGAGGUAAAUUAUCAAGUAAUUGGAUUCAUUCAAAACCAAUUUGACUAAAUAAAAGAAUAAGAGAGACAUGUAACAAUUUUCCAGUGUCAAAUUGAUCCUUUGCAACACAUAAUCUGCCAUUUAUCAUUUCCAUAUUGAUAAUUUAUCAAAGUUUUUUUUUUUUUAUUUAAGCCAAAUGUCUAUUUUAAACAUGUUUCAGUUUUAUAACCUCCAUUUUUAUUAUUAAUUUAUUCCUUGCUUCAACUGAACUCAAACACUGAAUGAUUAUUGGACUUAAAAUGAUCACGCUUAGAAAUACUCACUAACACUGGAUUUGCAAGUUUAUGUUUGUUUUGCUGCCCUAAAGUUGCUAAAUAAACCAAGGAAGAAACAAAGAGCCUUAGGACUAUAAUAUUGAUGAGGUUAAAGCCUCACUUGUGGGAGUGUUUUAGACUAAUAUAACAGUUAGAAAUGUUAAAUUGUUGAUUAUUAUUGUUGUGUAUUAUUGAGUACAAAAUGUGCACAAAACCUCAGGAUUGAAAAAACAUUUUUUUAAAAAGACAAAAACGGAAGAAAAUUUUAAGUUUGAAAUAUUAAACUCCUUAUUUAUCUAAAUUAUAAAUUGAAAAGCUGUAUGGGAUGGCAAUCACCAAUAAAAAAAUCCUUAUACAUGUCAUAUUUUGAUAUUUACUGAUUUUCAUAUUGAUUUUUAUCUGCGGAUACUGUGAUGCAUUGUUUACUGUUUAUUUACACAUUCAGUUCCCCUUAAUCUAACAUAAAAACAAGCAUGGGAAGUAAUGGAUAAAAAGAGCAUAUUUCAUGCUAGCAGCUGUUUAGCAGUUGCUAGCUUUAAUGCUCGGGCUAAACUAUCUAGUAGCAAUUUCCCUUGAUGUCUUAAACAUAGAUUUCAAAGAAAACCGUUACAUUUUAAAAACAUUUGGCUUUUUCUUAGAAGUUCUUAUUAAAUUUGUUUACCUAACCUGCUAUUAGUAAGCUAAAAUGUAUGAAUACAAUAAUGCUAGCAGCUGUUUAGCUAACUGUUCAUGUACAUUUGAAAGAAAACACUUAAGCUUAAGAAGGAUUUCUUA